CGCAAGAUGAUGAUGAUGGAUUGAUUGAUCUGGUGUCCGACCCGUCCGACUCUCCUUGAACCGUUUAUUUCCUUCUUGUCAUUCCUUUUCGUUUGUCGAUGCGGCCCUCCCAAUGUUCCUCCGCCUGCUCCUCCGCCGCGUGCUGGCCGUGCUCGUCCCACUGGCCCUGACCAGCACCCUCUAUCUCUAUCUUUACCCGCUCUUUCAUGGCUGCGCAUUCCCUCUCCCCGACGACUCGCCCUCCCCAAUCCCUCUCCUCUCCAUCCCUCACCUUUCGCCCUCCUUCCUAACCACCCUCCGCGGUCACCUUUCUCCUUCCCUGUCCUCCGCCUCGCCCUCCGACUCCCCGAUCUUCCGCCUCCUUGUUCUCGCCGACCCCCAACUCGAAGGCGACUCCUCGCUCCCCAAACCCCACGAGCAGCUCCCGGCCCGCCUAUCCAACUACUACGCCGACCUGCGCUCCUCUCUCCGCACAAAACCCCCCUCCGCAACCCUCUCCACCCUCCGCUCUGUCCUCCGCUCCCUGGUCCACGACGACGUGCCUCGCGCAUUCCGCGCCGCGCGCAAACGUCUCGACCUCCUCGGAAAUGACUACUAUCUCGCACACAUCUACCGCACCCUGCACUGGUGGAGUGUACCCACCCAUGUCACGGUGCUGGGGGAUUUAAUAGGCAGUCAGUGGGUGAGCGAGGGGGAGUUUGAGGCCCGGGGGGAACGGUUCUGGGAGAGGGUGUUUCGGGGAGGUAAAAGGGUGGAGGAUCAUAUUUCCCAUGGGAUGGGGGUGGAGGUCCUGGGAGAGGAUGGAGGGUGGGACAAACGUGUUGUCAAUGUCGUGGGGAAUCAUGAUGUUGGGUAUGCGGGGGAUGUGAGUCGGGGGAGGAUCGAGAGGUUUGAGAGGGUUUUUGGGAAGGGGGAGUGGGAUGUUAAAUUCCGGUUGCCUUCCUCUUCCUCUUUAUCAGUGAAUGGAGAGGAGGGUGAAGAGAAAGAGGGAGAAUCUCCCACUAUCCACCUCAUCAACCUCAACAGUCUCAUUCUGGACACUCCCGCCCUGGAUCCGGAUAUCCAGGCCACCGCAUACGAGUACCUGAAUGGGUUGUUGGAUCAACGCAGUCCCCCCGUUACCGGGGACCGGAAUCGCACUUUCACGCUCUUAUUGACUCAUCUCCCCCUCCAUAAGAAGGAAGGGGUGUGUACAGAUGCGCCGUACUUUGCUUUCCAUGAGGAGGAUGACUCCCAAGACGAGCCGCGGUUCUACGAGAGUGGAUUAAAGGAGCAGAAUCACUUGAGCGAGUAUGUGAGUGCGAAUGCUGUCCUUGAGGGUGUGUUCGGUAUGAGUGGCGAUGAGAGUGUACCCGGGGGUGGAUGGGGUAGAAACGGGCUCAUUUUAACUGGCCACGAUCACACUGGAUGUGAUGUGGUGCAUUUUGUGAAUCGUACAGUGGGGGAGGAGAGUGAGUGGGGGUGGGAUGCAGUGGGAUAUGGGGACUUGGAGAGCAACAAGGAGAAGAGCAUGGGAGUCCCGGCCAUUAGGGAGGUCACAAUGCGAUCCAUGAUGGGGGAGUAUGGGGGGUAUGCUGGGUUGUUGUCGGUAUGGUUUGAUGGCGAGUGGCAGUAUCGCAUUCAGAUGUGUGCUGCGGGUGUGCAGCAUGUAUGGUGGGCGGUGCAUGUGUUGGAUGUGGUGACUGCGGUGUUGGUGUUGAUAUUCCUAUGUGGUUCUGGACAGGCGUCUAGUGUAGUAUCUGCUGGAAAAGAUACCCAGGCGCGAAGGAAGACCAAGGAGAAGGAGAAGAAGGAGCAAUAAGUACAGUAUGAUAUGGUCUAUAUAUAGAUAGAAGCAUCCAUCCCCAGUAUAGUAGUACUAUAUAGUAAAAAGUUGAUUAGAUCACUCUGACAAG